AAAACAUUUUAGGGUUUAACAAACAGUAUAUAGUGUAAACUCUCAUCUUCUCCGCUACCGCUCUCUAACCCUAACAAUGGAGGAAUCAGCUGCGAAGUGGAGCAACAUAGUGAGAACACAACCGCCAACAGGCACUGAAACGAAGAAGCAAACGAUACCAGCAAACCAAUUCUUAACCGAAAGCUGCAAGUCCACCCAUGGAAUAUCCGUCGCUGUUGUUGACGCCAAUGCAAUCAUUCAAGGCGGUCACAAUCUUUCCAAUUUCGCUGAAAAAUUCGUCACCGUUUCCGAAGUCUUGGCUGAAAUUCGCGACCCCGUUUCCCGCCACCGCCUUAGUUUCACUCCCUUCGCUAUCGAGUCCAUGGAGCCCUCCCCUGAGUCACUCAACAAAGUUAUAAAGUUUGCGAGGGCGACGGGUGAUUUGCAGACACUUUCUGAUGUUGAUUUGAAAUUGAUUGCUCUGACUUAUACGCUGGAGGCUCAGAUGCAUGGAACUAAGCAUCUGAGGGAUGCACCACCCCCGGUUCAUACAGUAAAUGUGAAGAGAUUGCCUGAAAAGGAUAUGCCAGGUUGGGGAUCUAAUGUUACCAAUAUAGAAGAGUGGGAAGCGCUGGAUAAUGAUGUUGAGGAUAAAUUAAAUGCUGACUCAAGAAUCCUUCCAUUGAAAGACUUGAAUCUGAAUAUCAUCGGUGCUGAUGAUCAGUCUGAAAAUGGUUCUGUGGGAACUCAAGGUGAAGCUCAUUCUGAAAAUCAAGAGGAUGGCGACCAUGGUUUGAGGAGACCUAGGAGAUAUUUGCCGAAGAAGAAAGAGAUAAAUAUUGAAGGCAAGAAGAUGGUGGCAGAUGGAAUUGAUGCGUCUCAAGGACAAUUUGAUGAUGAUGCUGGUGAUUGGAUGCCUGCUGUCAGCCGAAGUACUCAUAGAAGAUAUCUCAGAAGAAAAGCUAGACGUGAAUAUUAUGGGGCCUUGUCUGAGAAAGAUAGUCAGCAAGAAAUGGAGAUGAAUAAUAAUGAUAGCAAAAAUCUUGAGGAAACUAGUAAUGCAGAUCAGCAGUUGCAUCAGGGCUCUGAAGGGGCACAUGGAGUUAAUGGGAUUUCUGAGGAGAGUGGCAGUGAAGAAAUUUCCUCUAUUUUAAAGCAAAUGAGGCUUGAAGAAGAUUCAUUGAAGUCAAUUCAGGAAGAGAAAGAUGAAGAUGUUUCUUCUGCUAGGCUUGAUUCGGACAGUUCCCCAGUAUUGGAAGCAACAUGUGAUGUUGAUGCAAAUAUGAUUGGUGAAGCAGAUGAAGUUGAUAGUGUCAAUGAAGAGUUAAAUCAAUUGGAGUUUUCAAGCCAGACUAAUGAAACUGUUGAUACUUCCCAUAUGGAUGAUGCUAGCAGUGAGCAGAGUUGGAUGUUGAGAUCCUUAUCUGAGUCAAGUGUAGCUUGCAUAACUGGUGACUUUGCUAUGCAAAAUGUUCUUCUGCAGAUGGGUUUACGCCUGCUUGCACCUGGAGGAAUGCAGAUUCGCCAGUUGCAUAGGUGGAUAUUGAAAUGCCAUGCCUGCUAUACCGUCACUGCUGAAAUUGGGAGGAUUUUCUGCCCCAAGUGUGGAAAUGGUGGCACUUUACGUAAGGUAGCUGUAACAGUUGGGGAAAAUGGAAUCGUGUUGGCAGCUCGUCGCCCACGCAUUACACUGCGUGGUACAAAAUUUUCUCUGCCUUUGCCUCAAGGUGGAAGGGAUGCUAUUACCAAAAACCUCAUUUUACGUGAAGAUCAACUUCCACAAAAGUUCCUUUAUCCUAAGACAAAGAAGAAAGUGAACAAACAGGGAGAUGAAUUCUUCACCUCUGAUGAUAUCUUUAGUCACCAUAAUGAUAAAAGAGCUCCUCUCCAACCUCCCAUAAGAAAGGCAUUAGCAGUUUUCAGUGGAAAGAGGAAUCCAAAUGACAAUCAUUACUCCCGUACCAUGCACUAGUGACUUUGGCUUAAUUUUUGUUUUGUUUAUAAGAUUUUGGUAAUUGGUUUGAUAAGUUCUGUGUUAGCCAAUUGCAUUUUAUGUCUCCACCUAUAAUGAGUGUAUUAUAAAAAAAAUUUGCUGAAAAAAAUUGAUAGCAA